AUGACUACAGCCUAUUUUUCUUGCCACCAGUCAGACACCAGGGCAUCACUGGUUUGGAAAAUUGAUAACGUCUCUCGCAUAGGUAGCAGCAAGAGUAGAACGUCGCCAUAUUUUUUCUUUGGAGACAUAAUAUGCCGCCUGCAGGUCGAAAACCACGGAAACAAAGACAUUAUUUUCUCUUUGGGGACUCGUCUGGUGCAGCAAAAAAGGUCGGGCGCAAGAUUUCGAUUGCACUCUUAUCUGCGAGACAGAAAUGGCUGCAUUGUUGAUGAAUCUUCGUAUGGACCCUAUCUGCACAGGAGAUUCUAUGGCUUCAGGCGCAUCAGCAGAAGCGAUCUGCUGCAAGGAAAAUUAGGAGAUGUCAGGCCAGGUGACAUUUUGACGAUUCACUGCGAGCUGGAAGUGAAAGACGGAGAGGAUGGAAAAGAUGAAGAAGAUACCAAAGAAGGAUCAACUGUCUUCAUCCUGGAUGCCUUUAGUGCACCUUUUCUAGAGGGGUUUCAAUCCACCUUCGAGAACGGGAAAUUUUCCGACGUCACCUUGCGCGUCGGGGAAGAAAACUUCCAGUGCCACAAGGCGAUCCUGUCGACUCACUCCAAAGUGUUCGAGGCCAUGUUCGACAACGACAUGAAGGAGAGCCACGACGAAGCGGUGUACUUGGCAGACCUAGACGUGGACGUGGCGAAAGCGAUGCUGCUGUACAUGUACACGAGGCGUACCGAGGGUCUUCCGGAGCACAAAGUCCUGGACCUGUACGUCGCCGCGGACCGGUACAUGCUCCCGGAACUGAAGGAGAAAUGCCGCGAGUUUGUACUGAAGCAUCUGUCCGUCGAUAAUGUCUGCGAAGUUGCCGAAGUUGCAGAUUUACAUUCGGAUGACAUUUUGGCUGAGAGUGUCGAACGAUUCAUCUCGUCCAACUUGAGAAAAGUCCUCGUCUCCGAGAAGUGGAACAUGCGUUUGUGUGAGAAACCGUAUUUGUACGCUAAAUUGCUCAGCGUGUCCGUUGUACGCCACGAUUGCGUUUGA